CACACUGAGAGAACUAUGCAUAGGAGAGCCUGGAUUUUGUCUGUGUGCCUUGAAUUGGUCACAAAAAGUUAACUGGUUAUGAUUUCAUAUCUACAAAUUUGGAAACUGUUUUCUUUUUUUGACUGACAGUAUCCUGAUGACCUAUUGACUGCCAGAAGGGAGAGUCGUGAUUAAAAGACUGACUUGACCAUAAUGAUUCAAGAGUGACUGGGGCAGAAUUGACAAAAACACCGAAGCAGAGAGUGUCUUUGACAGAGGCUGAAGAGUUGAUCUAUACAGGAAUCAGGUGUUCCGCAGUGUAUAUGGAUGAAAACGUUUGUCACAUGAAGGUCACUAGAACGUGGGUUUUGCCUUGCACCUGUUCAAGAAUGUGGUCGGAUUUCAUCACCCACUGAAGUCUUAAGCAGCUUUGCUGGAGCGCCAUAGAGUCGUCCUCUCGUCAUGGGUGAGUGGAGCUUCCUCGGCCACCUCUUCAAUGACCUCAAGGGCCACUCCCCCAUGCUGGGCCGUUUCUGGCUCCUCCUCAUGCUGGUCUUCCGUAUCCUCAUCCUGGGCACUGUUGCCAGCGACUUGUUUGAGGACGAGCAAGAGGAGUUCGCCUGCAACACCCUGCAACCGGGCUGCAAGCAGGUGUGUUACGACCAUGCCUUUCCCAUCUCCCAGUACCGCUUCUGGGUGUUCCACAUCGUUCUCAUCUCCACGCCGUCCCUCGUCUUCCUCGUGUACGUUAUGCACCACCGCAGUAAGAAGACUGCAGAUGACAGCCAGCCCAGUUUCAGAUGGCAGAGCCACGACGCCUCCAGGGAAGAGAGACACCUCCGCCUGCUCUACCUGGUAAACGUAGCCUUCCGUUUGUUGACAGAAAUCGGCUUCCUGGUGGGUCAGUGGAAGCUCUAUGGCUUCAAGGUGGAGGCCCAGUUUCCGUGCAGCCGUUUCCCCUGCCCCUACACGGUGGACUGCUUUGUCUCGCGCCCCAUGGAGAAGACAAUCUUCCUCUGCUUCUACUUCGCCGUGGGAGUGCUGUCAGCAGUGUCCAGUUUAGCGGAGCUCGUCUUCGCCUCGUUGAAGUUGUUCCGGCAGACCAGGGAGCGGCCCAACGAGCAAUUUUGCGUUUGUCAGCACACGAAGAAGGAAGAGAGUCUGGAUUCUGAAAAGGAGGAGCUAAAAUGGAGGGCAAGGUCCAUGUCUGAAGGUGGGGGUUUUAUUAUCAGAGGGAAAAAAGGGUCAGAGAGAAGCAGUAGGAAGGUGCCCAGCAGUGGACUCAAGAGCACCAGAAACCAAGGCAGCCUUCCGAGCACUAAGACACUAAUGGUGUAAUAAAGAUCAAUUUAAAGAGGUUAUAUGUGCAAUAGAACAGGUGUCUGCACCCGUCAGUAUGGCUUUGUUUAAUGAAGGCCCACCACUGUCACUAAGACUGUCAAAUAACCAGAUAUCUUGCUGAGUUAGUAUCCAUAUAGGACAUUUUCUCACCAAGAGAACAAGGGAUGACAAAGGCAUAGUGAGAAAACUGAAGUAAAUGUGUGAAUUUAGUCAAGGCGUUUUACAUUUCUGCAAUGCUACUGGAACAGCAUAAACAGUACUUGUGACAAGGUUGUAUUUCCUUUGGAAAGAAAUAGAAGUGGCCUCGACUUAAACGUGAGGCCCCUUAACAACCCGAUAGGGGAUUGACUAGCUUCCAGGGCACUUGAACAUCAAGCUGCCCCAUUCCACAGUUACAGAUGGGCUCCUAGUGAGUUGCAUCUUCUGCCUUAGAUGAGUUCACUUGUGUUACAGUAGGGAAGGGCCACUCCAGUCCUCCAGAGCAUGAUUACAGUCAGACAUCUGCCCCAGACCACGCUAACAUGCCUGACUUAUCCAGUAAUAUUCAGUUUAUAAUGAAUUUUAUUUGAUUAGCUGUGUUCGCGAAGCCUACAAUCUGUGCUUAACCACGAUGAAAGUGCAGUGGAAUGUAAUUAUGCCUAAUGAUUCCCUUAAUGAUAAUAAAAAAACCACUUCUAAUGUAUUUCAACAUAGCGUCGAGUGUAGGAGGAAAGGGUUUAGCGCAGGCCUGGAUCCACAGGAGGGGGCAAAGACAGGCAUCACCCCCACAGAUAGAAUCUGAACCCCCCUGUUUUGUUUCCCCUUAAACACUGCAAAUUUUCUAUGAAUUCAAUAUGCCCCCCCCCCCCCAUUAAUGUCAAAAUGUCCUCUCAGUCAUUUUGUCCAGGAGCCGGUCCGGGUUUAGUGUAACGUCGUUAUUACUUCCACAGGAACGGCUUGGAGACCAGAUCUAUAAGGAAGUCAUAAGAAGGCUGAUUGCAAUACUCAGGACUCGUGGAUGUAUAAACCAUAGGAUGGCACCUGUUUCAUCUGAUAUUUCAUUACGGAUCAUGGACACAAAGAAUCUCUGAAGCGCAAUCAGUACAGUCACAUCCUAGCAAGGCUAUGAAAUUACUUUCUGGUCUGCUAUACAGUAUACUAAUACAUUAUUUCAUACAAUGAAUGUUCAACUCCAGUCCUCUGGCACUGGUUAGUGUCCCACAUUCCCCCAAAGUGAACGCAUGUAAUUGAACUAAUUUAAUUCUAAAGAUUGUAAUUAGCUCUCUUAGCAGGGACUGAGGCAAAUGUGUCAUCAUCAGGACCCCUGAGGAAUGGACUGUUUUAUAUUGUGCAGAGAAUAUUUUUUUUCAAACAACAAAUCUAUUUCGAUCAGACAUUUCUACGUGUAUUGAUGGUACAUUUGCCCCACCUAUUUCAGGGUUCUUGUGUAUGGACACUGACAUUGCCCAAUAAUGUGUGUCCGGGCAGCACAGAGCAAAGCACUUGAAUUGGACUGUGUGGUUUUUAUGAAUGCAGUAUAGAGUUGUAUCGCUUUAAAUGAAAUCCAUGGCUGCGCUAUUUUCGUCAAAUCUCUGCUUGAAUGUAACUUUGCAUGUGUUGAAUGAGAACUGGUUCAGCUACAUUUCUGCCAGGCCUAGCAGUAGUUGCUGCGUCACAAAAUGAAUAGGAAUGUUGCAUGUUCAGUGCCCCAUCACGCACACUGAUACAAUUUGUCCUGCGAAACUAACGACAGUCUUAACUGGCAGAGUGCUGAAUAUUCACAGUGGAACACGCAGACGUUUUUUUUGUCUUCUGAACUAAUGUUUUAUUAUCACACUCAUGUGCCUUUGUCUUAUAUUGUUAAGGACUUUGUAAGGACUUUCAAAAAUAAAAUUUAAUAAUAAAAUUAUUAUUAAC